AAUUGUAGCUGAUUAAUGAAUUUUAGAUAGUAUCAAUGAAAAGACAUUCAUCUACAAAUGUAUUUUUUAUACUGUCCAAAAAAUGAACACAAUUAUUGUAUUUUAUAUAGUUUGUAAUCUUGUUUUUAAUCUUUAUUGAAAUACAAUGCCAGAAGAAAAAAAACACUUGAGACAUGGGUUACAUGUUUUUCAUUAGAAAGCAAACAAUAUUUGCCAAGCUAGCCGCUGCUGUAUUUAUUAUUAUAUUAUCCAUCUAUCAAUCUUCCGCUUAUCCGAGGUCGGGUCGCGGGGUAUUAUAUUAUAAUACUAAUAAGAGUAUUAUAUAUAUUAUAUUAAAUAUUACAUUAUUAUAAUAUAUAUUAUAUUAUUAUGUAUAUUAUAUGAUAUACAUCAUUAUAUAAUUAUAGAAAAUGGAUGGAUGGAUUAUAAUAUUGAAUUAUAUUGUUUAUUAUUAUUUAUUUAUAGUUCUAUUACAUUUAUUUAUUAUAAUGAUUCAUUAUUAGCAUUUGUGAGUUCAUUGUUUUGUGGCUAUUUUAUAACCAUUGAUAAAAUGCUCUUGAGACCAAAUGUGGCCCUUGAGCCAUAGGUUUGUCACCCUUGUUUGAAACUAAUUAUUUGAUUGUACCUUUUCUCAGUCCAGCUACAGUACAUUAGAUUAUGUUCCCCAGCUAUCAAGUAUACAGAAGUUUGAGUGUAAAAGCCAUUGCAAUCCAACAUUUUUAAUAAAUAAUGCAAUGUAAUGGUGUUACAGCUUCAUAAACUGUGUUACCAACAUUUUUCCAAGAACAUAUGACAUAAUCUCUCAGCCUUAUAGAGGCACUCCUUAUAGACCCUGUUAAAUAACUCAACCUUUAAGCUCACCUUUGGCUUAUCAAAGUCCCUUUUGGAGGACGUGUGGAGGAGGAGGAGAAGCUGGAUAACUCUGGAGCAACCACAUUACACUCUUUGCUUUGGGAAGGCUAGCGAGUGAAGACUGGAGCUUUAUGGUGAGUGACCCUGUAUUUAUAGUUUUUAGUUUAUUUCCAACAUGCAUACAGUUACAAUAUGGGGUACAUGACAUUCAAUUUCUCACUACAGCAUGUCUGAAUAAGAGUAGGAAGAAGAGCUUAUUUACUAUUCCCCCUUUUCCAUUUCAUAGGAAUGUGUAAUACAUUUCUGUCCUCAACUUGAAACAUAAAUAGAUCAUUGAUCAAGUUAAGUUAUAAUUCACAUAAUGAGAUGAAUAAGAUUAUCUCAUUUUUCAAUAAGGUUCAAGAUGUUUAUCAGAAUUCUUCUUCCUUGUAAUUAGUAAACACUUCACGUUUGAAGAAUUUCUUAAACUGGAUUGUAUUGGUACAUUGUUCGACUUCUUUGCUUAAUCCAUUCUAUAAUUUAAAGAUCUUUAUUAAUGAUAAAGCCAUAUUCAGAACUAGUGUUAAAAAUGCAAGUAGACCAGUUGUGGUUACUUGCUGUCACAAAAGAGACCUUAAAUGUUCAAUUAAAAAGUCUAUAAUUCAUUAAUAUAUACACAUUAAUAGAUCAUAUUUCAAUAUUAGUAUACAAUAUACACAAAUGUUUUGUUUUCCAAAAAAAAACAAAUUAGUAAAAAAAAAUGAUUUGGUAAAUAUUAUAGAUUAAAAAAAAAUUUUGUUGGACCUUUACCACAUUUUUAUAAUUUUUUUUUAGUAUUUUUUGUUGUUAAAUUUUUAACUUUGAACUCUUCCAGUAAUGCCUGUAGAGUUGCAUCAUGUGCAGGUGGUUGUCAACCAAAACAACACCACAUCUCGCUAUUGUUUUUUUACAAUAAUAACAUUCGAAAUCUAAUGACGUGGGUCAUUGCGGCAUUGGCGUUCAAAGUUCAGCGCUCCUGAAGUCUGAGUUGCCACCAGCUUAAUUGAUUAACCAUUAACUGUCACUGUGACACUUGCAUGGAAGAUCAACUUUAAGACUUUAGGGUUACUUUGCUCGUAUAUGAAUCUAAUUUGUUGUCAUUUAAAUGGGAAAUGACUUCAUCACAUUGCAGUAAGUCGUGAUUGUUUUUUUCGCGUGUGCGACAGAACAUGGCCUUGUACAAGCCAAAGGUGAUUUCUCUAACCAAGAGGCCAAGUCAGACAUUCGGCUUCUACUUGAGGGUGGAGCACGGCGAGGAUGGUCACCUGAUUCGCAGCUUGGAGAUGGGUGGUCCUGCUGAACUGUCAGGCAUGAAGGAUGGAGACCGAAUCCUCCGAGUGAAUGGCAAAUUUAUUGAUGGACUUUCCCAUUCUGAGGUGGUAGAGCUAGUGAGAAGCAGCGGAGCCACAGUCAUCUUCCACAUUCUGGAUGAAGCUUCUUACAAGCAGGCGAAGAAUCAAGGAGUGAACCUGGGUGAGCCUCAUCUUACACCAGCAGUCACAGCUGUGGUCCAACAGCCUCUAAAACCCAGACUCUGCUACCUGGUCAAGUCAAGCUCUGGUUAUGGUUUCUCUCUUCGCUCGAUUAAAGGCGAGCGGGGCAUUUUUGUGACGGAGGUGGUGCCCGGCAGCACGUCAGACCGGGCUGGUGUCAAAGUUAACGACCGUCUUGUGGAAAUCAACGGGGAGAACGUAGAGAGUGCCGGGCACGAACAAGUGGUGGACAAGAUCAAGACAGCGGGCAACAGCCUCAUGUUCCUCCUGGUGGACAACGAGGCGGACAGGUACUACCAAAGCGUGCACAUGAAUAUAACUGCGCGCUUUGCAACUACCAAGUGUCUCCCUCAUCAUCCACGCAUCGUCUACCUCACCAAAGGGCCCGGUGGUUACGGCUUCCUGCUCAAAGAGGAGCCCAAUAUUGAAGGACACUUUAUUAGGGACGUAGACAGUGCGAGUCCAGCCGAGAGAGAAGGUCUCAGGGACAUGGAUAGGCUGGUGGCUGUGGACGGCCAGGAGGUGAACGGCUGUACUCAUGAACAGGUGGUGGACAUGAUCAGGCUUAGUGGCAACAAAUGCUGCCUUCUAGUGGUGGACAAGGACACUGACCUUGUGUUUGCUCAGGCUAAUUUGUCACCGAUGCUUUUCUGGGAGGAGGAGAAGGACUCUCUUUCCCCACCGAGUUACUCCGAGGCAAUCACCUUACCCGCCCUGGUUAAACCAUCCACACCUGCUCAGGAAAAGAAGGAUAAGAAUGAAGAGCUCAAAACUAAAUUGUGUAAGAUGGAAAAGGCAGCAGCUGGAUUUGGCUUCCACCUAAACGGCAUCCAGGGUGUGUUUGGCCAGUACAUCACAGAGGUGGUGAAGGGCGGAGUCGCCGACCAGGCCGGUCUGGAGAACGACGACAUGGUGGUGGAGGUCAACGGGAAGAAUGUGGAAAAGAGCACCCACGAGGAUGUGGUUGCCAUGAUCCGCAGCAGUGGAAGCUCCCUGGAACUGCUGGUGGUCCCAAAGAGCAUUUCCGAUCAAGUCAAGGAUAAAGGGGUCGCCAUCACACGCGACCUUGUGCAGGAGACGUCACAAGCGCAGGUUCACAACCAAGAGGAGGCACAGCAAACUCCCACUAAAGAAAGGACUGCAUCUGUAUCUUCGUCUUGUUCUCAAAGUAGUUUGGAUGACAGACUUUAAGAGGGGACAACACUCAAGCUGAAUCGAAACUGCUUUGCUUCGUUUUACACCUGCUGGUCCCAAUAUUCGGUACAUCUCUGUUGCAGGACCAAAAAAUAUGUGUGUUAUUAUUAUUGUGGUUCUGUGUAUUAUUUUAUUAAUGGAUGCCAUUUGGAGUACCUAAUGUUGUGGGCAGAUUAAAACAAAUAUGACAACAUAAGCAAAAUUGUCAUCGUCAAGAGCUCAGCCAAUCCACAUCUGACAAAAAUGAGUACGUCCCUCACAUUUCAACAGGCAUUUAUGAUUUCCUCUCAAGGGACAAUACAAUAGAACGUAAACUGGAUAUAAUUUAAGAGUAGUCUGUGUACAUUUUGUAUAGCAGUUUUACUUUCAACACAGAGCUAUUAUUGACGAAGUAUCUAGCAACACAAGGAGAGUAGCAAAAUUUCAAGCAUGGUCGUGUCAUGGUCUGGGGCUGCAUGAGUGCUGCAGCCACCGAGUGAGUUGUGGUUCACUGAGCGACAUGUGUAACAACCCACCAGUGACGUGGAAGAUGACUUCAGGAUUACCCAGACUGCAUGUUCAGAAAUUGGACGUUCAAUGUGAGGUGUACUCAUCUUGUGUUGCUCGCUAUUUACACAAUACUGGUCAUGCAUUGACUCAUUAUCAGUACAGAGUACAGCUACGCGCACAGUAGAGGGCAUGGGUUCGAUUCCUAUCAAGAUAGCGAGAAAAACUAAGCCGUUACCAUUCAUGAAAUUGAAAAAAAAACCAAGGUACACACUGACUUCUCUUAAUUUCAAUUGUAUUUCUAUCAUUUUGGCCCAUGAGAAAAUAUAUUUAAUAGUUUAAUAGACUUUGUGGGGGUACAGAAAAUAAAUACUUAAUACUAUAAUAAAUAUAUCCCCUUCGGACACGAAGACUUGUUUAAUCUGAUUAAUUGCUCUUUUACUGAAAAAUCCUUUUGAAUAUUAAUACAUCCCCAAACAACAAAAACAUAACUUCAGCAAACAAUAAGAAUGUUUAUUUUGCCCUCAAUACAAAAACUGCUUUUGUUGUGAAAUUAAUGACAUCAUUUCAAAAAUUACAUAUAAAAAAGCGGUUUUGCUCCAGUGUGUUUUGACUAAAUAAAAAAUAAAAAAAUCAAAUGAAUACAAAGUAAAAAUUUAAAAAAAUCAAAUGAAUACAAAGUACAAAUAAAACCUUUUAUUCUGCAUUUCUUUCCCAUGACAGUUGUUUCUGAUUCAGGAACACUGCACUGGAAUACAAAUAUGAUUAAAGAUAGAAAAUAUGUAUAAUGGCGAUGCUUUAAUUCCACAAUACAUGUAAGCCUAGCAGUGGAGGGCAGGUCAGAAGGCCAUGUGUUUCUCUGGCGCCUGCUUGUGGGCCAGGUAGAGGAAGAGGAUGCUGGACAGGGCACUGACCAGGAAGAUGACGUCAAACCAGCGGUGGUAGAAAUUAAACUGCAGCUCUCCCAGCACCUCCGUGACAAUGGAGCGGUACUCCAGCGGCAUGCUCAUGCGCAUCAGCAGCACCGACGACACAAA